AUGAUGGUGGCCAGUGCUAAUGAUCCAUGCCCUGCUGAUAUCGCAACAGAGGUUUGUGCCAUUCCCCCUGCUGCAUUCAGCUACUCAGUAGUCACCUUUGGGAAUGCCAAUAUUGCUGCCCAUAGCAUGUACUACGGUAUUGCCGUUGGUGGUACUCUAACCGAUGGAAGUCCCAAUGAGAGUGCUACUGUGGAUAAAACCAAGUCGUACAUCAAGGAGAAGCAGGGACAAUGUACCUUCAACUUUAACAGUGGAGUACAAUACGGAGACAGCUGCUUUGCUGAUAACUUGUAUGAACGGAUGAACUACAUUGCCACCCAUGCCCAGAACAGCACAAAUGUUGUUGUGUACACUUCCGGUGGAAGCUCUCGACCCUACACUGUCGAUGACUUCGUCCCUGGUGGCGACGGCAAUGACGAUGGUCUCACGCUUGCUGUCUUCAAUACUUACGAUGACAUUUACAUUGCAGAUGCAGGAGGCCGCCAGUUUGGUCCAACCAUCAUUGCCCCAAACGCCAAGGUUAUUGUCCUGAAUGGAGCUGGCUAUGUGGACGGUGCCAUCUAUGCCAAGGAGCUUGAUGCCCAAGCUGGAAGCCUUCAGCUGCACGGUGAUACCUUUACAGGUACGAUUAAUUGUGGAUCCGGCACAGACCCAUCUACUACCGACGACAAGACAGGUUCCACCUCUGGCUGUGGAGCAGACCCAGUUCCCUCUGGAGUGAGCUAUGGAACAUACAGUGGUAAUCCCCAGUGUGUCUCAGGAGGAUCUUCUCCUCCCUUUGGAUUUGAUUAUGGGUGGAAGAUGAAUGGUUGCCAAGGUGGUUCUUUCACUCUUGAUGCCAUCAGCAAUGGUCAAGUCAAGGGGUCUUGUGGCAUUGCUGAUAAGAUCAGUGUCACAGUACAGUGCAAUUCUGACAAGUCCGCCACCAUUUCUUGGAGUGGCGAGGGGGAUUCCAACUUGGCCAUCAAGAUGAAGGGUGGAAACGGUGGUGUUCUCUAUGAUAACACGAACAAUGGCGGCAAUUUUUUUGCUGCCACCAACAGUGGCGGUAACAUUGCAGACAUCAGCCACAUUGAAAUCUGUGUCAACUGUGUAGGAGCAGACUGUUAUAAGGAGCCCACAAACCCAGCACCCACUCCCGCCGCACCGGCACCUACCCCAGCUACACCCACCGGAGGAUACUGCGUCAAGUAUGGCAAUGGAUGUGAUGGUGAACUAGCCGGUACCUGGUGCAACAAGCUUCAAUCAAACUGUGAGGGAAACUGUAAUGGAAAUUGGUGCAAUCCCGGGAACCCAGCACCCACACCCGCGGCGCCUGCGCCUACCCCAGCUACACCCACCGGAUACUGCGUCACUAAUGGCAGUGGAUGCGGUGGCCAACAAGCCGGUGGCUGGUGCAGCAAGCUUCAAUCAAACUGUGAGGGAAACUGUAACGGCGAGUGGUGUGGAGUCAAUGUAUCCCCACCCACUGGAUCCCCUACAGCCUCGCCCACCGGAGCCCCAACAGCCUCACCCACCGAAGCCCCAACCGGCUCUCCAACUGCUACACCAGAGGCUUCCCCAGUGGCAAGCCCCACGACACCACCACCCGCACCGGAUGGCCCGUCCCCAGGUGAUGUUGCCACUGAACAUGUCUUCGUCCAGGGUGAUCCUCAUUUCAAGACCUUUGGUGGAGAACUCUAUGACUACCACGGUGAAUGUGAUCUUGUACUCCUGCAUAACCCUGACUUCGGCAACGGCUUGGGAAUGGAUAUUCACAUUCGCACCAAGAUUGAAGAUUUCUGGAGCUCUGUUGAGUCUGCUGCCAUCAGGAUUGGUGAUGCCUCCUUGGAGAUCAAGGCUGAUCCUAGCAGUGACAAUUGGCUCUGGAUCAAUGGCGAAGCAGCCCCCAAGCAAGUGGGCAAGAAUAUGCUCCGAGCUGAUCUUGGUGGUUUCAUGGUCCGUUACAAGGAGCAUGGACCCAAUGUUCGCGAAGCCCUUGUUUAUUUGGUGACGGGCAAAGAUUCACACAAGGAGUUCAUUGUCUUCAAGACGUUCAAGAGCUUUGUGAAGAUUGAUGUGGACUGGAAGGACUCCUCGAACUAUGAGAACUCUCUGGGUCUUCUUGGGAGUCACGACCAAAACGGCAAGAGGCUUGCCCGUGAUGGCAAGACUUUCAUUCAAGACUACAUCGAGUUUGGGCAAGAGUGGCAGGUGCUUGGCAGCGAGCCCAAACUGUUCCACUCCUAUGAGGGAGCUGUUGUUGGGCGCAAGUGUGUCAUGCCUCCUGCUUUCAAAGCGGCUCAGAAGCUCCGCAAGCGCCGCCUGGCUGAGUCCAGCUUGACUGAGGCUGAUGCUGACAAGGCCUGCAAGCAUUUGGCAGAUGCUGAAGAAAUCAAAUCCUGUGUUUACGACGUGCUUGCCACCCAAGACUUGAGCAUGGCAAGUGUGUGGUAG